AAUACAACUCAGGUCUGGGUUCCAUUGGCGCAGGCAGCCGCAGAAUAGCAGGUGGCACUUCUACUUAAUAAUAUUACGUAAAUUCCGGAAAGGGAAGUGGCUCCUUUGGAAAGUUAUCGAAGCAGAAAGUUCUCAGAAGUUAUCUAGCUUAACAAACAGAAGGGAAACAUGGGAACAACACCAAGUCAAUUAGGGAAGGAUCUGCUCUCAGAAUAUCAGGAGCUGACAUUUCUUACAAAACAAGAAAUUAUGUUGGCACACAAGCGAUACAGUGAACUCCUCUCCAAAGAGGACAGAAACCUCACCAGUGUGCCCAUGGAGAAAGUCCUUUCACUGCCAGAACUCAAGUCCAACCCUUUCAGGAAAAGGAUCUGCCAUGUAUUCUCAACAUCUGAUAUGAAAGAUGGAAGUCUCACCUUUGAGGACUUUCUUGAUCUCUUGAGUGCCUUCAGCGAUUCAGCUACACUGGAAAUCAAGUCCCACUAUGCAUUCCGCAUUUUUGACUUUGAUGACGAUGGCACUCUGGAUGGUGGGGACCUGGAGAAGCUGGUGAACUGUUUGACUGGUGAGACUGAAGACACAAGGCUUACACCUGAAGAGAUGAGGCAGCUCAUCAGCAAUAUUCUUGAAGAGUCAGAUAUAGACAAAGAUGGGACAGUAAAUCUGUCAGAGUUCCAACAUGUUAUCUCCAGGUCACCAGAUUUCAUCAGUUCUUUUAAGAUUGUGCUGUGAAGUCUACGAAUAACACACCAGGAUAUGGAUGCUUUGGAUUCAUACAAAAAGAGGACCUCUUCUAUUUUUUUUUUUCAUUGUAAUACCAAUAACUUUGAGAUUUUGCCUUAAAUUAUACAGAGUGCCCCCCCCCCCAGACUAAAGGUUCCUAAGCUUCUGGGCAUGUGCGGAUCACGCACUGGCAAUGUUUUUACCUACUUGACACAUACAUUUGUGUUGCAUCUUUCCUUUCACAUUUUAUUGUCAAUCGUGAAUGAUAGAGAUAAUAAUGGAGUCUUUGUAGGCACCAACUCCGCCGUGGUUCAUGGACAAAGCCUAAGGGGAAAUUAAUGGUGUUUUUGGAUAAAUGCCAUAAAUAAAUUUAGGUAAACACGGGCUUAAGAGAUUUUUUUUUUGUUCUGAGAAUCUUUAUCAGCUAACAUCACUUUCUUGAAUUUAAGAAUUUAUAUAAUCAACAACAAAAAAAGCAUAGCACAAAGGCUUAAUUCAUAAGUCAUGUUAACUGACUGGUAUCUGAUAUAUAACAAAACAUAAGAUCUCCUCAGCCUGUGUUAACCUCAGACCUUACUGUCUGCAUUUAUUCCAAAACCCUAUUCUUUCCCCAUUCAUUUUUCGCAGGGAUGGCUGAACAAACCAAAGGUAACUAAUUUCCUGGGUUUUAGGACUACAUGCUGGCAACUUGAAUUAUCAGAGCUCAACAAGUUUUUAUUGUUGUUUCUAAUUAUGGGCUAGUGAGCAAAUUUUAGAGCAGAUGUUACUGUAGCAUAGUUUAGGCUGUGUUUUUGCCAAGUGGCCACAUGGAUUUUUUGGUUGUUGUCUGACAGUAGUCAUACUAUUAUAUUUGGUUCUGUUUUGUAGAAUACCAUCAUUGUGAUCUUGCAGACAUUGAAUCAGCUUUGAUCAAACUUUAUUAAACAAGCUCCAUUAGCCAGAGUAGCCUGUUCUCUGAGUAGUACAGAGUGUGCAUAAAGUAGAGAAUUUUUCCGGGGGGGGGAAGGUUCGGGAAAGUCUGAUCCACAACCUAAAUUAUAUUGGUCUGUGUAGAUUCAUAUUUUCUGUUUGAAAAUGUAUUUCUACAUCAUGUCAGUGCUCUCUUAACGGAAACUUUUUAAACUCUAUAAAGAGCUAGAAUAAAAGUAAUCAAGUCUUA